AUGGAUUCCGGUGCUAUGGCCAACUUCGUGUCGGAGCGAUUAAUGAAAUCCCGAAUUCAUGCCACCGUCAAAUCCAGCAAAACCGAUUGCACUUUCUCGCUUGACUUCCUUGUUGUUCUCCGAGUCACCGGUUCGCUGCCGUCGUGGAAGUUGGAUGUUUCCAACUGGCCAAAGGAUAUCCGAUUGACUGACCCCAAGUCCUUCGAACCCAAUCGCAUUGACAUGCUCAUCGGAUCCGAAAAGUUUUACGACUUGAUGGACGCUGGCAAGAUUCGAAUGUCCGUCGAACUCCCGUUACUACAAGAAAGCCGACUUGGUUGGCUAGCUGCGGGACCAGUUCAUUCUUCUGAAAGUAUAGCGUGUGUUCGUAUCCACCAAGUAAUGCCAGUUGAACCUGCUGAUGAGCGUCUUGACGAGCUGAUGAAACGCUUCUGGUGCAUUGAAGAACAAAAGGACGGACGGUACGUAGUGCAACUUCCGUUCCGUGUCGAUGCCGAAUUAUUAGGAGAAUCCAGAAAUCAAGCAGUCAAACGAUUCAAGGUACUCGAGAAGAGAUUGGAGGCAUACCCCAAUACGAAGCAAAUGUACUCGAACUUCAUCAAGGAAUACAUCGAGCUUGGUCACGCAAGAUAUCUGAACACGGAAGAAGCGACUGAACACAACACCUACUACUUUCCGCAACACUGCGUGAUAAAACCCGACAGCUCGACUACCAAGCUGAGAGUGGUGAUUGCCGCCUCAGCUAAGACGACCACGAACUAUUCCUUGAAUGACGUGUUGAUGAGCGCUCCAACUAUCCAAAGCUCCCUGUUUGAUAUUAUUCUGAAGUGGCGUUCGCACAUAUACGUUUACAUUGGUGAUAGUUGA